CGCACCCUAAGCACUGACGCACGAUACGAAGGAUAUCGCUAGGUUUAGGCCAGAGCUGCGCUUGUUGAUCUCGAGUGCGACAAUGGAUGCCGCGAAGUUCAGCGAAUACUUUGAUGAUGCCCCUGUCUUUUACGUACCCGGUCGUCGGUAUCCCGUCGAUAUCCACUACACUCCGCAGCCGGAAGCGAAUUACCUGCACGCUGCCAUCACAACCGUAUUCCAAAUUCACACCACACAACCGCGCGGGGACAUCCUCGUGUUCUUCACAGGCCAAGACGAGAUUGAGGCUGCACAGGAGAACUUGACGGAGACCGCCCGUGCACUGGGGAACAAGAUCGCAGAACUGAUCGUCUGCCCGAUCUACGCGAACCUGCCGAGCGACAUGCAGGCCAAGAUCUUUGAGCCCACGCCCGAGGGCGCACGUAAAGUGGUGCUCGCGACGAACAUCGCGGAGACGUCGAUCACGAUCGAGGGCGUCGUGUUCGUCAUCGACCCGGGCUUCGUGAAGCAGAACUCGUACAACCCGCGCACGGGCAUGUCCUCCCUCGUUGUAGUCCCGUGUUCGCGUGCGUCGGCAAACCAGCGAGCGGGUCGUGCAGGGCGAGUCGGCCCUGGCAAGGCAUUCCGGCUGUAUACAAAGUGGGCGUUCGCGAACGAGCUGGAGGAGAAUACAGUGCCAGAGAUUCAGCGGACGAAUCUUGGGAUGGUGGUCCUGCUUUUGAAGUCGCUUGGUAUCAACGACUUGAUCGGGUUCGAGUUCAUGGAUCCGCCACCAGGAGAGACUCUCAUGCGUGCGCUGGAGCUACUCUACGCGCUUGGUGCGCUCAACGAUCGAGGAGAGUUGACGAAGCUCGGACGGCGGAUGGCUGAGUUCCCGGUGGACCCCAUGUUGUCGAAGGCCAUCUUGGCGAGCGAGGACUACCAUUGUACUGAUGAGGUGCUCACGAUUAUCUCCAUGUUGCAAGAGUCAUCAUCGCUCUUCUACCGGCCGAAGGACAAGAAACUGCAUGCGGAUCAGGCGCGACAGAAUUUCGUACGCGGGGGCGGCGACCAUUUCACGCUGCUGAACGUGUGGGAGCAGUGGGCUGAGACGAACUACUCGCAGCAGUUCUGCUAUGAGCAGUUCCUGCAAUUCAAAAGUCUCAGUCGUGCACGAGACAUCCGAGACCAGCUGGCAGGCUUGUGCGAACGUGUUGAGGUUGUCGUGGAGAGCAAUCCCAACACUAAUGACAUCACCCCGGUACAAAAGGCCAUCACGGCUGGCUACUUCUACAAUACAGCUCAGUUGCAGAAAAGUGGUGAUUCAUACCGGACGCUCAAGACGAACCAGACGGUGUAUAUUCAUCCCUCAUCGAGUCUUUUCCAUCAGACACCGCCCGUCAAGACCGUGCUGUACUACGAACUUGUCAUGACGUCCAAGUCAUACCUGAGACAAGUGAUGGAAAUCAAACCUCAAUGGUUACUGGAAGUUGCACCGCAUUACUACAAACCUGCCGACCUCGAACAGCUGGCAAUGGGCGACAAGAAGAUGCCGAAAACAAUUGGCAGCGCAGGAGAGAAGUCGCGAACGUAACUUGACAAUAUCGACUGUCCCAUAUCAUUGCUUCAUGGUCAUUGAUUUCCUUCACAUUCAUCCUUCUUGACAAUUGAAUGUACGGCGUCCCGGUUUGCGGCCGCGCUGUACGGCGAUGUGAUGCAUCCGCAACGAUGGUGAGAUCUUUGACGUGCUCACCGUGUUUCA